ACCUCUCAAACUAAUUUUACAAAAUACUUGCUACUAGUACUAGAUGGACUUUAAAGAUCUGUUUAUGUAAAUAUCUUGUCUAAAUUCAACCUGUGAAACCUAUGUCAUCAUAAUCUUCUUCACUGAUCUCCAUGUCUCUAUGAUCAUAUUUUCACUCCAAAUGACAAAAUUACCAAAAACAGCUUUAUCUAUCCUAAUCUUCUUUUCUCUGAUAAUCACUACAAGAACAAUUUCUACCCAUGAUGAAGAAAGAAUAUUAAAACACACAGAUACAUCUCUGGAUACUCCUUUGAAAAACAUUAAACCAGAUAUUACAGUUUCACAACAUGGAGAUGGUACUUUUAAGACAAUUACCGAAGCGAUCCAAGCAGCACCAGAUCUUAGUGAUAGAAGUAUUGUGAUUUACGUAAAAUCAGGAAGGUAUGAAGAGGAAGAUCUGCAGGUGGGCACUAAGAAAACAAACAUAUGGCUCAUCGGAGAUGGCAUAAACAAAACUGUCAUAACAGGGGGCAAGAGUGUUGGUGGCGCUGGAAAUUUGACCACUUUUCAAACUGCAUCUUUCACUGUAAAAGGUUAUGGCUUUGUCGCACGCGACCUGACAUUCGAUAACUGGGCGGGUCCUGCUAAGUACCAGGCAGUUGCGUUGCUUGUUAGUGCCAAUAGAGUAGUUGUUUACAGAUGCAGCAUUACAGGAUAUCAGGACAGCUUGUAUGCGCACAAAGGGACGCAGUUCUUCAGAGAGUGUGAUAUAUAUGGCACUAUAGAUUUCAUUUGUGGGGACGGUACAGCGGUUUUUCAAAAAUGUAGAAUAUAUGCUCGAAGACCAUUGGAAGGGCAGUUUAACGUUAUCACAGCUCAUAACCGGGAUAGCAAAAAAUCAACCACAGGCUUCUCUAUACACCAGUCUUGGAUUCUGGCAGCACCGGAUCUUGACCCGGUCAAGAAUACUGUGAAGACGUACCUGGGUCGUCCAUGGGACCUAUAUUCGCGGGUUGUAUUUAUGUUAUGCCACAUGGGGGAUCACACAGACCCUAGUGGAUGGUCACCAUGGGAACAAAAUGAUACUCGUGCCUUCGAUACUCUUUAUUAUGGGGAGUACCUGAACGACGGGCCAGGCAGGGCGGGCAACAAGCGGGUGAACUGGACCGGAUUCCACAACAUGACAUCUCAAGAAGCGGAAGGAUUCACGGUCAACCAGUUUAUCAAUGGUUCAAUUUGGUUACCGUCUACCGGAGUCCCUUACACUGGAGGACUAUAAGAUAUAUCCCUAGAAUAAAAACAUUUAAUGAUAGCAAAAUAUUUUUGUACUCAUAGUACAAAAAUAUUCGCGGGUUGAAAUAUAUAAUUGCACUUAUUCCGGCAAGGUACUGUUGUCAUUUUCUUACUUUGUAUUUUACCUAAUUCAACAUA